AUGUCGGUGCCCAUGCCAAUGUAUGGAAACAACCAGCAAGGUACAAGCAUCGGUCGGGAAGAGAAUAAUUCCGCUGACGUCUGUCACUUGUCCCAACCAAGCCCCUCUACUAUUUCAACAACGAUGUCUCAACUUUCAGCAAACACACUUCCAACUGCGCGAUUACAAGCGCAGAGUUUUGAAGAAGUUGCCAAACAGAGUCAAAGCAAGGGUAAUUUACAAGCAAAUUAUGGCAAUUACUGCAAACAAUACUCUCAUUUAGUUAAGAGCAGAAAAUCAGAUGAUGCAUAUACUUGGAGGUGUUAUGGGAUAGGAAAUAGAAGACGGAGUUUUUACAAGUGUGCACACCCCGGUUGCCCAGCUACGAAGUCAGUUGAUAGGUCAUUAGAUGGACAGAUAAUCGAGAUUAUUCAUAAAGCUCGGCAUAACCAUCCUGAGUCACAGCUUACCAGAACUUCAUCAUUAUCUGCCUUUUCUCAAAUAAUUCGGGCUUCCAAUCAUCUUACCAUCAAAAUCCCAGAACAGUCCUAUGUCACGUAUGAGGGGGUACCAAUGGAUCCCGAAGCAGCAUCAGUUGUUUUAUUGAGAUCAGUACUGGAUAAAGAGGUUGGUCAUUCUUUUGUUAGACGUGAAUCCUUGGAGAAGCUCUUACAACGGCGAAAAGAACGGACAGUUAAAACAAAUUCCAGCAACAUAUAUAAAGUUGCACAUAAGACUCACAAAGAGAAACGUUCAAAAACAAGUGUUCUCAGAUUCUCAACUGAAACCACCAAUUUCAGGGAGAUGGUACAAAGAUACACUGAAGUGCCUAAAACCACCGAUUUCAGGGAGAUGGUACCAAGAUACACUGAAGUGCCUAAAACCACCAAUUUCAGGGAGAUGGUACCAAGAUAUACUGGAGUGCCUACGAAGGAAGUACAGGAAAAGAGAAGAAUGGCCGAAUUACCCCGUGUUGGCUCUCUCGAUUUAGCUUGA